AUGGCUUCUCAGAUGCCUGACGAGUCGGAAGGGAAGAAACGAAGGUCCCUCUGGGGCCGGAAAGAAGAGAAACCUCAGUUAGACAGUGGCGAAUCGGGGAAAAUGGCCGGUCCAUCCUCUUCCGACAGCGAAGAGGGAGAGGAGAAUGGGCACUUCGGCCGUAACGUCUAUAUAAACCUACCUCUCCCGCCAGAUGCACAGGACGAAGACGGGAAGCCCAUCGCCCAAUACGCUAGAAACAAGAUCCGAACAGCGAAAUACACUCCAUUGUCUUUUAUUCCAAAAAAUCUUUGGUUGCAAUUCCACAAUGUUGCUAAUAUCUAUUUCCUAUUCAUCACGAUUUUACAGAUCUUUGCUAUCUUCGGAGCCUCGAACCCUGAACUCGGCUGCAUCCCCCUCGUUGCAAUUCUCCUUAUUAGUGGAAUAAAGGACGCCAUCGAAGACUACCGGAGAACAGUCCUGGAUCUCGAAUUAAACAACACACCUGUCCACAUCCUCCUCGGGGUUCCUAAUGUAAAUGUCACCGACGAUCAAGUUUCCCUGUGGAGGAGAAUAAAAAAAGCGACCACCCGAGGCCUUCGUUACCUCUUUCAUUUUUUCAAAUCUCUCAAGAACAAAGGCAAGGCAGAACAGGCUGCCGGGGGGGACCCGAAACCAGGCCAGUUGCAGAGAAUGCAAACCAGAGCCUCUAUCUAUACCAUCGCUGACGAUGGAGAGGCUAUCCAAAUGACACCUGUGCCAUCACCGGCCCCUACAAGCAACCGUUUUUCUUUCACGCCAGGGGUUAACGAGAGACCUGCUACCAUUCCGCCCCAAAACAAGACCCCAGCAAACGGCAAAUUCUACGGCUCGGUAGUUGAUCCCCACUACGACCCCAAAAAUGAAUCACCUGCUAAAUUUAAGAGAGAUAACUGGAAAAACGUUCGUGUGGGUGAUUGGGUCCGGAUUUACAAUAACGAAGAGGUCCCUGCCGAUAUAAUCAUCCUUGCGACAUCAGACGCUGAUGGGGCUUGUUAUGUGGAAACGAAAAAUCUUGACGGCGAAACGAACUUGAAGGUUCGACAUGCAUUGCAUUGUGGCGCUGGGAUUAAACAUGCUAGAGAUUGCGAAAAGGCUAGAUUUACGGUUGAGAGCGAAGGUCCGCAUGCCAACCUAUACGCAUACACAGGUCUCAUUAGGUGGGAUCAAGUUGAUGCUGCGGACCCAAAUAAGCCGACUAUGCCAAUGACGGAGCCAAUAUCUGUUAAAAAUCUGCUCCUCCGUGGCUGCUCCCUCAGGAAUACCGACUGGGUAGUAGGAGUUGUGCUAUUUACUGGAAGUGAAACCAAGAUCAUGAUGAAUGCUGGCGUCACACCGACGAAACGUAGCCGAAUUCAACGGGAGCUCAACAUCAACGUCCUGCUGAACUUUGUAAUCCUUUUUAUCAUGUGUUUACUCUCUGGAAUCGUCCAAGGCGUCUUCUCUGGAAAAAAGGAUGCGUCACAAAGCUUUUUCGAGUAUGGGUCCAUCGGUGGCUCUCCAGGAGUUGAUGGGCUCAUCACCUUCUGGACUACUGUGAUCUUAUUCCAGACACUCGUUCCAGUAUCCUUGUAUAUCAGCCUUGAAAUCAUCAAAGGAGCACAAGCGUUCUUCAUCUUUAGCGACAUCCUAAUGUAUUACGAACCACUCGAUUACCCUUGUACCCCGAAAUCUUGGAAUAUCUCGGACGAUGUCGGACAGAUUGAAUAUAUUUUCUCCGACAAAACUGGGACUUUGACCCAAAACGUCAUGGAAUUUAAAAAGUGCACAAUCAACGGGCGCCCCUACGGAGAAGCCUAUACGGAAGCCUUCGCCGGGAUUCAAAAACGUCAGGGAGUUAACGUUGACGUUGAAGGUCCAAAGGUUAAAGCACAGAUAGUCGAAGACAAGCGGGAAAUGAUCAAGGCGCUGAGAGGAAUCGACGAUAACGUAUACCUAGAUGACGAAAAGCUCACAUUCAUCUCACCUGAAUUUGUUAGACAUCUUACAGGUACAGCAGGAGAAGCCCAAGCAGCUGCUUGUCACCACUUUAUGCUCGCAUUGGCCCUUUGCCACAGCGUUCUUCCUGACCUUGUAUCUGAUGAACCGCCGAGAAUUGAGUUCAAGGCCCAGUCACCUGACGAAGCCGCACUAGUGGCCACAGCAAGGGACAUGGGGUUCAGUCUUGUGGAACGCACUCAGUCCGGGGUUCGUCUGAACAUCCAUGGUAAACAAGUCGGCUAUCAGGUGCUUAACACCCUCGAAUUCAAUUCUGCUCGCAAAAGGAUGAGUGCGAUCAUUCGAAUGCCUGAUGAUAGGAUUAUAUUAUUCUGUAAAGGCGCAGACAGCAUUAUUUAUUCCCGGUUGACGCCAGAUCAACAACAGGAGUUGAGGAAAAGCACAGCCGAGCACCUCGAAAUAUUUGCCAGAGAAGGGCUCCGGACUCUUUGUAUCGCUGAACGGGUUCUCUCGGAAGAGGAAUAUCGCGAGUGGAUGCAACUUUACGAUGCGGCUUCUGCCGCCACUGUGGGAAGGGAUGAGAAGAUAGAGGAGGUAUCAGAACUGAUUGAACAGAAUCUUACCUUACUCGGCGGCACCGCCAUUGAAGACCGCCUACAGGAUGGCGUUCCAGAUUCGAUCGCAUUACUAGGCGAAGCUGGCAUCAAACUGUGGGUUUUGACUGGUGAUAAGGUUGAAACUGCUAUAAAUAUCGGGUUUUCAUGCAAUCUUCUCAAUAACGAGAUGGAUCUGAUCAUACUCCAGUCAGUGGACAGUAUAGAAGCAGCUCACGAAAUGAUACUGAGGAAUUUAAGGGAGCACUUUGACAUGCAAGGAGGGGCUGAGGAACUAGCGGUCGCCAAAAAAAACCAUGACCCUCCUCCUCCGACCCAUGCUGUCGUGAUUGAUGGGGAUACUCUCAGAUUCGUUCUCGAUGAUGCAGUCAAAAAUGACUUCUUGCUUCUCUGCAAACAAUGCAGAGCUGUCCUCUGCUGCCGUGUGAGCCCGAGUCAGAAGGCCGCAGUCGUGCGCAUGGUAAAAGUGGGGCUUGACGUAAUGACGCUAGCUAUUGGCGAUGGUGCAAACGAUGUAGCUAUGAUCCAAGAAGCUGAUGUCGGCGUGGGAAUCGCUGGAGAAGAGGGUAGGCAAGCGGCAAUGUCUUCGGACUAUGCAAUUGGCCAAUUCCGUUUUCUUUGCCGAUUAGUCCUGGUCCAUGGUCGCUGGUCCUAUCGUCGCUUAGCUGAAAUGAUCGCUAAUUUCUUCUAUAAGAACAUUGUCUGGACAUUCGUACUCUUCUGGUACCAAAUAUACUGCAGUUUCGAUGGUUCUUACCUCUUCGACUACACAUAUGUAUUGCUAUAUAACUUAGCCUUUUCAUCUCUCCCGGUCAUCAUUAUGGGUAUAAUCGACCAGGAUGUAGAUGAUAAAGUGUCUCUUGCCGUUCCCCAACUUUACCAACGUGGCAUACUUAGACUCGAAUGGACUCAAACCAAGUUUUGGAUAUACAUGUUUGAUGGCAUUUACCAAUCCGUUAUUACGUUUUAUAUGACUUACCUUCUCUUUUCCGGCGGAGGUUUCACUUCAUCAAACGGUCGAAUGCUCAACAACCGAGAGCAAAUGGGCGUUUAUGCCGCCAGCGCGUGUAUCGUCGUCGUAAACGUUUACGUGCUCAUGAAUCAGUAUCGGUGGGACUAUUUAUUCUUGGGUAUUGUUUCCUUCAGUAUCCUCCUCAUUUGGUUCUGGACUGGUGUUUACUCCCAGUUUAUGGACUCUGUCAACUUUUAUAAAUCUGCGGAACAGGUCUACGGGGCACUGAGUUUUUGGGUGAACUUGCUUAUCACGGUGGUAGUUUGCCUUCUACCCCGCUUUGCCUGUAAAGUGGUUCAGAAGCUAUAUUUCCCUUAUGACAUAGAUAUCAUACGGGAACAGGUCCGGCAAGGCAGGUUUCGAUAUCUUUACGAAGAUGAAGGUACGAUGGCACUACCGCGAAGUUCUAUAAGUUCUGGCUUUUCCAACCUUCCCAAAUCACGUCCGUCUAAUCCAUUUGCGAGCGAAGAAGAUGACGAACGGCCAAUAUACCCCCCAAGCAUUGCGCCCACAGCAACUACCGUUGGUAAACGAGAAAGCCACCACGGUAGCGAUGGAGCUGAAAGUGAUAUAUUUUCACUUCCUACCCACAGAUUCUCGAUGGACGAGCGGCCCCGCAAUAGCUUCGAUCGGAUUCGAGCCUCGAUGGACCGGACGCGCGCAAGCUUUGAGGCCAGUAAUGACUUCACUUCGGCAGCUAUGCUUGCAAGGGUUGAAUCCCGAAACUCCAUUGCGUUUGCGAGAAGGAGGAGUCAAUUGGCUACCGAAUAUUUUGCCUAA